AUGCCUAGAUUUCCGGUCACCUUUCGGCGGAAAUCGACCGCGGCAGAAGAUCCAAAUGGACCGAUAGCAGAACAUUCAUUUCGAGUCCUCGAGAGGACCGAAGUGAAUAGCGGAAGAUCUUUCGAUGGCGGAGUGAGGUUAGCUAAGAUGACGGCUACUGCGCCCAAAUCUCACGUUCCGGAUCUCGCAAUGGAGGAUAAUCUUUUCGCGGGCUUGAAAAAUAAUCGCGGUAGUGGUAGUUCCAACACUACAAAGACAGCCUCGGACAAUUCAUCCCGUCACAGCAACGCCUCCACCGCCCCUUCGUCAACCGACUUUCCUCCUCAAGACGAUUGGCGUAAUACCGGCCGAAAAUCUGUUUCGAUGGCGGACGGCCCUACUCCUCCGGCGCACAAGAAUUCUGGUGGUUUCCUUAAGAAUGCAGGGAGGACAUUCUCCUUCGGCAAUAGAAAGAAUACAUUACCGACGAUUCCGGCCGAAGACUCAGUUCCCGCUGUUCCUACAGUCCCCGAUGCAUACAGUCCCGGUACGCCUCGUGGUCGUUCGCGAGCGGAGACUGCUUCGACAGUCAGCACAGCGACACCACCCAAGGUCGAAGACAGAGAUUUCAUGUUGGAUCUAGGGGGUGAUCUUAGUAGUAUGCUUAAGUUUGACAAGCGUGCAAGCGUUGCUACACUAAAGGAACGAAGCCUGAUGGCGAAUCGAAUCAGCCAACCAACUCCGCUCCAUCUCGACAACAUAGCUCCCGUUGAACCUCCGCAACAUUCCUGGAACAGCCAGCAUUCGACCGAUGGGCUUUUAGGUUCUGGUCGAACAUUGACUUCUCCGGUUACCGUCAACGAAUUGCCGCCACCGCCAGUCCCAAGACAUGGUGAGAGCCCGAUAAGUCCUAUGGAACGCCGACGGUCGGAUGAAGACGAUGAAGAUACGACUUUACUACAAGAUUCUAUUGCUGCUACUCAAUAUCUAUCUAAUGGAGGAACAGGUCCUAGCGGCAGUUCCAGCCGAUAUAGGAGAGAUGAAGACAGUACAUUAAGUUUUAGGUCUGGUCUUACCGAGUCGUAUUCUAAAUCGUCCCGAUAUGAUGCCAAGGCCGAUGACGAUAAUCUAUUCGAUAAACCUGUCAGCCGCACUAAGUUUGCCCCGAGACUCGGCGCUCGUUCGAAUAGCCAGCCGCAAAACAAGGUCAUGACUCCUGCGGAAUUUGAGAAAUAUCGACAAGAUAAAGCCCGUGAAGAGAUAAUGGGAUUAGCGGAUGAUAAGGAGUCGGAUAAAGAAGACGAGGAUAAUUACGACGAUGAAGAGGACGAACGAGAGAAAACAAAACAACUCGCCAAACAGAGACGAAAGCAGGAGGCCCACAUGACGGUUUAUCGACAACAGAUGAUGAAAGUGACGGGCGAGUCGUCUUCGAACACCCACGCCUCUCGCCCAAGUCUUUCAAUGUCGAUGAGUACGCCGAACUUGGUAUUGAACGAUGGAACCAACCAAGGUGUCUCCCCGGACCCUCCAUCAGACGGAUCUGAAGAGGAUGAGGAAGUGCCUUUAGCAAUCCUUGCAGCGCACGGAUUUCCUAACAAGAACCGACCGCCGACACGCCUUACUAACAUGUCAUCAAAUCCUAAUCUACGAGCAUCUGUCGCACAGCCUUCGUAUGUUUCGGGUCCAGGAUCGGUUGUGGGCGAAAGCAGCGGCCAGGGCGCGGGUAAUGGUGGUCGUCUACCUCCAUUUGCUCGAAAACUGCCGCAAGAUCCUUACCUCGGUGCAGGUUUGAUCAACCAACCCCCGAGAGAAUCUUUCGCAUUAGGUGGAGGAACCGCUGCACCAAACCGCCCGGUGCCUACUGGAGGCUUGGUCGGUGUAAUUGCCAGUGAGGAGCGGUCGAGGGCAUUGCGACGUGGUAGUCCAGCUGUUGAUAAUAUGAGGAACGCUCUGCCUAUGAACAUGCACCAAAACGGUAUGCCCAUGAACGGAGGUUUCGAUCCAAUAAAUGGUAUCCCUCCCCAAAUGAUGUACCCUGGGGGCAUGCCGCAGAUGCCCAGCCAGAUGUUAACUCCGGGUGACCAAGCACAAAUCCAGAUGACACAACAGAUGCAGCAGUUCAUGCAAAUGCAGAUGCAAUUUAUGCAAAUGAUGGCAUCUCAAGGACAGUCACCAGGACAAGAACAGAUGCAAGGUGGAUAUCGACCUCAAGGACAUAUGCCAGCUCAAUCUAUGGGGUCUUUAGGGGACAUGCCGAGACACUCGUUUUUAGGCGACCCGAUGGCGAACAAUAUGGGCGGUGGCAUGCACCUAGACUUACCGCGACCUGAUUCGCAGAUGCGAACGAUGAGCAUGGUUCAACCGAGCUCAGCAUCUUGGCUUCAACCUCCACAGGCUGGCUACGCGCCCUCGAUACGCGCUCAGGGCGCAGGCUAUGCCCCCUCAAUUGCACCCUCCGAACGUAGCAACAUAGGGUUACCUGGACGUUACCGACCUGUCUCUAGUGUUGCAAUGCUAGAUAACGGCCGAACUACGAGCAUGUCCGGAGCCAUACCGACUAUGCACUCCAAGCUUCAAUCCGAAACUAGGGUAUCCGCAGUUAAUAAGGAAGAUGACGAUGACGACGAACAAGGAUGGGAAGCAAUGAAAGCGAAGAGGGAGAAGAAGAAGAGCCUUUGGCGAUCUAAGAAGAGUUUUGGCAAUGAUAUAGGAGCACUUAUCAGUUAAAGGGCGCAUGUGCAUACUUAAGGGGUUAUUAUAGCAUCAUCAUUCUCGGCUACAUAAAAUGGAGCAUGCGCAAGGAACACCAAACAUCAUCUUGAUCAUUUCCGAUUCUAC